CUGAUAAGCAGCAACAACGAGAACAGCAAUUGAGCCUGACUUUGUGCGCCUAUUUCUGAUUUUCUUUCUUUGGUCGUCCCAGCGUAGUUGUAACUUGAGUUGUAACUUGAGGCUAUUCGCCAACUCCCCUCUUUUGCCAUGUUUUCAAUACGAACCACCACACCUUGCGUUUCACGAGCCCUCUCUUCGACACGACCAUUCUCCACAAGUAUCAGACGAGAAGCAGACUUUACGCAUGCAGUAGUAGGCGGCGGCGUUGUGGGUCUGGCAAUAGCACGGAAGCUGCAGGAUCGGGACGGGGCAUCUACUGUACUAAUUGAGAAACAUGGCUCUGUGGGGACGGAAACGAGCUCGCGGAAUAGUGAGGUUAUACACGCUGGUCUAUACUAUGGCACCGACUCACUCAAAGCUCGACUAUGUCUCAAGGGAAAAAGAAUGCUAUACGAGCUCUGCCAACAGCACUCCAUCCCCCACCGCAACACGGGCAAAUGGCUAGUCGCACAAGAUUCUACGCAAAUGGACGCUCUCCAAAAAGUUCACGACUUUGCCUCUAGCGUAGGGGUGCCCACCAAGUUCCUCUCCCCAGAAGAAGCAAAGAAGCGAGAACCUGACGUGCGUGCCCUGGCCGGCGUGCUCGAAAGCCCCACAACAGGCAUCGUAGACUCCCACAGCCUAAUGCAAUACCUCGAGGGCGACUUCGAGAACAAAGGAGGAAUCUGCGCCUUCAACUCACCCGUAACGCACAUCUCGCCCAUCGACAGCGGCCGGGGCGGAUGGUCCAUCACCACCACAUCCAGCAGCCCAUCCGGCGCCGAAGAAACGACCAUAACAGCCGAAACCCUAAUAAACUCAGCGGGCCUCUACGCCGUCCCCAUCUCCAACAUGAUCCUGCCCCCCUCCCGCCAGCGCAAACCAUUCUACGCAAAAGGCUCGUAUUUCUCCUACUCUGCAUCCCAACCGCGGACAAACACACUAAUCUACCCGGCCCCCGUCCCCGGCCACGCUGGCCUGGGCACACAUCUCACCCUCGACAUGGCCGGCCGCAUCCGCUUCGGGCCAGACGUCCAAUGGACCGAUUCGCCCACAGACUACACACCCAACACCGCCAACCUGGCGCCUGCUAUCGACGAUAUACAGCGUUAUCUCCCCGGCGUCCAGAGAGAUGCUGUUCAGCCUGACUACGUGGGGAUACGGCCGAAGCUGGGCAGGCUGGCUGCGACGAGUGGGAAGGACUUUCAGGAUUUUUAUAUUGUAAAGGAGGAGGGGCUGGUUGGGUUUGUGAAUUUGCUCGCGAUUGAGAGUCCGGGGUUGACUAGUUGUUUGGCGAUUGCGGAGGAGGUGGAGGGGUUGUUGUAUGCGUAG